CCAAAAACAGAAAGUUAAGAAGGAAAACAGCAAAAUAAAGACUCCAAAAACUGAAAGAGCGAAACCCAAUAUAAAAAGUCAUCUAAAGAAGAGAAUAAAACUAAAACACAAACGAAAUCUCAUGGAAAACAUGCGAAAGUUGAACCUUUAUGGCAGGAAUAUGAAAUUAUUGCACAGGAACACACUGUUAAUUCAAAAAUAGCUAAAAAUAUUGUUGAAUUGUUCAAAGAAGGCAACACAAUUCCUUUCAUUGCACGAUAUAGAAAAGAUGCUGUUGGGCAAAUGUCUGCUGAUGAUUUGAGAAACGUUAAAAACACCUAUGACAAUACUUUAGAUUUAAAACAGAAAAUUGUCAGUGCAUACAAUAAAAUCAAAGAUUUGGGAAAGAUGGAUGACAUAUUGGAACAAACUUUAUUGAAUGCACAAAGUUUUGACACUUUCGAAGAGAUUUAUGCACCAUAUAAACCUGUUGCUGGUGAAGCAUCUAUCAAAGGACAAAUUCACACUGCACUUGAUGAGCCAGCGAAUGCAAUUCUAAAAGGAAAAUCUGUCAAUUUUGCUUCAUAUAUUGACAGUGCCAAAACUUUAGAUGAUGUGAACAGCGUCCGGAAACAUAUUAUUGCUGUUGUGGCCAAGAAAAUAUCUACAAGUCGGCCAUGUUUAGAAUAUAUACAAAAAUUGAAAAAGGAGUCUCGUUGCACUCUACAAACAAAGAAAAUCAACAAACGCAACACCACAACAAAGGAAAACAAGGAUAAAACAAGUGGAAAAGCCAAAAUGAAUAAAGAAGCAUCAAAUUUUGCGGAUUAUUUUGACAGAAGUUUCCUUACAGAUAGAUUAAAGCCACAUCAAAUUAUGGCAAUAAAUCGUGCUGAACAUUUGAAAUACAUCAAUGUAACACUAUCAUUCAAUGAUUUUUCCAAGAAUUUUUGUUAUGAAAUGCGCAAACACUUCGAAGAAGCUUCCCGAGGCCUGUCGUCAUCAUUGUUUGAAAGUGCCAUGCUUGAAUGUUGCAAUAACAUAGUCGUGCCACUUUUAAAGCGUAUUAAACGCACGGAGUUGAAAUCAUACGCUGAGAAAUCAUCACUGGAUAUUUUUAACAACAAUUUAAAGCAGAUGUUGUUAGCGGCACCAACAAAACACAAAACCAUUCUUGGUGUGGAUCCUGGGUUUACACACGGAUGUAAACUAGGCAUGAUUUCACAAAAUGGCGACGUGCUAGCUACUAAAGUUGUCUAUCCGCAUAAUACAAAGAAAAAAGAAGUGCAAGAAGAGAUUUUUAGGGAUUUGAUGCUGGAACAUGAAUGCUCAUUAAUUGCUCUUGGAAAUGGCACUGCGUGUAGAGAGACAGAAUCAUGGAUAACUGAUAUGAUUUCCCGUGGAAUUUUCACACCAUUGCAAGUUUCCUAUACAAUUGUCAAUGAAAGCGGUGCCUCGAUUUAUUCAUGCAGUAAAGAAGCAACAAAAGAGUUUCAAAACUUAGAUCCUAACCUAAUAAGCGCUGUAUCCCUGGCUCGUAGGAUUCAAGAUCCACUUUCGGAGUUGGUAAAAGUCGAACCAAAGCACCUGGGCAUCGGCAUGUACCAACACGACGUCAAUCAGAAGCGUCUCGAAGAAGUCCUCGCUGAUGUCGUCUCAGAAUGCGUCAGUUUCGUCGGCGUUGACGUGAAUACCGCCUCGCAGUGUCUAUUAAAACACGUUGCUGGUUUAUCUGAUCGCCGCGCGGAUGAAAUCAUCGCGCAGCGGCCAUUUUGUACACGCGAUCAACUUUUAACCGUUAAAGGUGUCGGACCUCUUACAUACAAACAAUGCGCCGGUUUUCUUAAGAUUAUCAACGGUAACAACAAACUGGAUGCUACCAUCAUUCAUCCAGAGUCAUAUCACAUCGCUAAGAUGAUAAUAAAACGCUUAAAACUUCAAAUGAAUCAAAUCGGCACCGAUGAAUUCAUUAAGAAGAUAAAAUCGGAAGAAUCUGCUUUAUUAUCGGAUUUCGCAGCGUUUGAAACAAGUUUAGAGAAUUUGCAACUUGUUUUGGAAGGACUUUCCAAGCCGUUGGAGUAUGAUCUGCGUGAAGAUGGCGCCAGUCGUCCUUUGUUCCGCCAAGGCGUUACCAAUAUGGCGACGCUAAGCGUGGGAAUGGCUCUGACCGGCGCCGUUAAUAAUUGCACUUCGUUCGGGUAUUUUGUUGACAUUGGCGUGGGCGUCAAUGGUUUGUUGCAUGUGAAGCAAGCUCGCGGUGUCAGCUUGCAUGUGGGCGAUCGCGUCGAGGUGAAAAUUUCAAAUAUUGAAUUGGAGCGGAAACGCAUCGGCCUUGAACUUGUCCUGAAGUUGUGAACACGCGAUAUUUUAACAAAACAUGUAACUUAAUAAUAUUAUUAUUAUUAUCGUUAUAAUCUAAAACAAUUCCUGUAAUUCAUGACUGUUGGUAUUGAAAAUGUUUUGAAACGUAUGGUGUAUCGUAUUAUAUCAAUAUGGGUUUGUUUAUGUAAAGGCAUUUAUCAAAGGUUGGAUUACAAACAUUUUCUGCUCAGCG